AUGGACGGAGGAAUAAGAGAAUUGUUUAAGGUUCCGGUUAUGUGCGAGAUGGAUUUUCAGGAGUCUGAUCAAAUAUCUAGAGACGACGGUAACAACGACCACGACUCAUAUUCCACUAGUAUUCUUCCUUCACUCAGUGUUAGAAACAAUCGAGGUUUCAAACUCAAUAAAUAUGUCAUUCCACCUUACCACCGCGUUUACAGGACAUGGGAGAUGUUUCUCGUGAUUCUAGUUGGGUACACGGCUUGGGUUUCUCCUUUCGAGUUUGGAUUUCUAGACAAACCAGAAGGACCACUAUCGGUUAUAAACAACAUUGUCAAUGGAUUUUUCGUCAUUGAUAUUGUUCUCACCUUCUUUGUGGCCUACCUCGACAAGUGUACUUACAUACUUGUCGAUGAUCAAAGGCAAAUUGCUUGGAAAUAUGUCACUUCUUGGUUCACAUUUGAUAUUAUAUCGAUAAUUCCUUCCGAGCUAGUCAUGAAGAUGUUUCCUCCAUCCCUUAGGAUGUACGGCUUAUUCAACAUACUUCGAUUAUGGCGUCUUCGUAGAGUUAGCGCAUUUUUCUCUAGAUUGGAACAAGAUAUAAAUUUCAAUUACUUUUGGGUUAGAUGUGCAAAGCUUAUUUUUGUAACCCUUUUUGCGGUUCAUUGUGCUGGUUGUUUUUAUUAUCGUCUAGCUGCUGAUAAUAAUGAUCCCCAAAAUACUUGGAUUGGAGCUUACAUGCAUGAUUUCCAUGAACGUAGUCUUAGCGUUAGAUAUGUUACGUCAAUUUAUUGGUCAAUAACGACACUUACUACUGUCGGAUACGGAGAUUUGCAUGCCGAGAACACUAAGGAAAUGAUCUUCAUCAUAUUUUACAUGCUUUUUAACCUAGGUCUAUUGGCUUACAUUGUCGGAAACAUGACAAACUUAGUGGUUCAUAGCACGAACAAGACUAAAGAUUUUAGAGAUACGAUACAAGCGGCUGUAAAUUUUGCUAGAAGGAACCACUUGCCGAGGCGAUUGGAAGAUCAGAUGGUGGCACAUUUAUCUCUUAAGUUUAGAACCGAUUCGGAAUGGCUGCAACAAAAGGAGACACUUGAUUCACUUCCUAAGGCCAUUCAAUCGAGCAUUUCGAACUUUCUUUUCUACUCUCUUGUAGAUAAGGUGUACCUUUUUCGUGGUGUGUCUAAUGAUUUACUCUUUCAAUUGGUGUCGGAGAUGAAAGUCGAGUAUUUCCCCCCUAAAGAAGAUGUGAUAUUACGUAACGAAGCUCCCAAUGAUUUUUAUAUACUAGUUAAUGGUGCUUUGGAACUUGUCUUUUUUAAAAACGGGGUUGAACAUGUUGUGGGCGAGGCUAAGAUUGGUGACAUGUGCGGUGAGAUUGGUGUCUUAUGUUACAAGCCACAACUCUUCACAUGGAGGACGAAACGGUUAAGCCAACUUCUUAGAAUGAAUCGCACCAUGUUUAUCAAGAUAAUUCAAGUUAAUGUUGGCGAUUGGACAAUAAUAAGGAACAAUCUUCUCGAGCAUUUGAAAGAAAAUAAGGAUCCAAUCAUGGAAAAUGUUCUUAUUGAAACGGAGAGGAUGCUUGCACGUGGACAAUUGGAUUUGCCUAUAAUCGAAGAACCAAGAUGCAGCUAUUAG